AUGGCUCUCAGGGGAGACAAUGUAGUGGUCGUUCCUGAUCAAAUGAAGCUUGAGAGGCUGCUUAGCAUGAAAGGAGGCAGGGGGGAGACCAGCUACGUGAAGAAUUCGCAAGCUCAGGCUCGUCAUGCCCGGUGCAUGCUUCACUUCCUGAAGGAAACACUUAACUCCAUGCAGCUUCCUCCUUUCUCGACGGACCUUUCGUUCACCAUCGCAGACCUCGGUUGCUCCUGUGGGCCGAAUACGCUGUUCAACAUGGAUAUCAUAGUCAAACAUGUGAGCAAGACAUACGAGACGUCUGGUCACGAGGCACCAGAAUUCCAUGUCUACUUCUCUGACCUCCCGAGCAACGAUUUCAACACCCUCUUCCAGCUCCUUCCUCCAUUGACAAGCAAUAGUCUAGAGGAAUCUCUGGCAGCGAUCGACGAGCACCAACGUUCCUAUUAUGCUGCUGGGGUGCCAGGAUCCUUCUACGGUCGGCUUUUUCCGGCAAGAUCGAUCGAUGUGUUCCACUCCACCUUUUCCUUGCAUUGGCUCUCUCAGGUGCCGGCGAGGGUGACGGAUAAGUGGUCGGCGGCGUAUAACAAGGGCCGGGUCUUCAUCCAUGGUGCACCCAAGUGCACCGCCGAGGCCUACAGGUACCAAUUCCAGGCAGACCUAACCAGAUUCCUGCAUUGCCGGGCCAAGGAGAUGAAGGAUGGGGGUGCCAUGUUCUUGGUGUGCCUGGGCCGGACCUCCAUGGACCCCACCGACCAAGGUGGGGCUGGCAUCCUUUUUGGGACCCACUUCCAGGACGCUUGGGAUGACCUUAUCCAAGAGGGUCUUCUUGAGAGUGAGAGGCGUGACAGCUUCAACAUCCCAGUGUACGCGCCAAACAUUCAGGAGUUCAGGGAGGUGGUGGAAUCCAACCGCUCGUUCACUGUCAACAAGCUUGAAGUCGUAGGAGGAGGUAGCCCGUUGGUCGUCAACCACCCAGACGAUGCUUCUGAGAUUAGCCGAGCACUCGCCAACAGCUGCCGUUCUGUGAUCGGCGUGCUCGUUGAUGCACACAUUGGGGAAGAAUUAAGUGAAGAAUUAUUCAUCCGGGUCGAGCGGCGCGCAGUUAGACAUGCAAGGGAGCUGAUGGAGCAGCUGCAGUUCUUCCACAUUGUUGCCUCCCUCUCAUUGGCAUAG